AUGUUGGCCAGUGACCGGUCGGAUCAUCGCGCGGCAACGAGGGUGGACCCUCCACUUCAAGCCACUGACGGAGGGCACAAUUCCAAAUUAUCUUCCAAAGAGAGGGCCGGGCUGGAAAUUCCGACUCACCACAAUCACAAUAACGCAUCCCAAUUCAAACGAGGUGAAAAGGCCUCCUUGUCUGUGAGAUUACGCAAAUCUGGCGAGAGAUUAGAGCAUUCCUCUGCUGAGGGUAAAGGUGUGAGCAACGGCAAAAAGGACCUCCGAGUGCCAAAUUAUCGUCAUAGUGGCGAUUUCAGCAACUUCUUGCUUCCUUCCCGAAUGAGUAACCGAUCCAGCCACGUAAUGAUGGAUUCACCCACUGAAGAGGAGGAAACGGACGAUUGGUCCUUUGUCACGUUUCCCAACGGUCAAGCCACGGUCCAAGACGUGCAAGCUAGUGUGGUGGAAGACACCCAUUCCCAUCCCACACCCAUCAGAGCCGUCACCCACCGAGUGCCUGGAUUAUCCUUGAGCGGGAAUCCAAACUUGGAGAAGUUAUUUUCCAUCGGCUCCUCCUCCUCCACGUCGUCGUCUUCUUCCUCCUCCAAGCUCAUGAGUGUGGCCUCUAAACGACAGAGCUGUGAUCUCAGUAACCUCGGUGGAACUCCAGGGGCCUCAUCCAGUCCGAACAGAUUAUUCGCUCCAAAUCCUCGAAGGCUUUCCAGUGAUCCCGACUCCUCGCCAUUUGCCCGGAAUUUGCUGGAACGUGACUCGAAACGACGAUUUCUUCGGAAGAAGUCUGAUCAAAAUGACAUUUCCUCCUCAACAAAGCGGUGCAGCGGCGAGUUUCAUUUCGUCACCAAACCCGUUCAACAAGAGAAACAAUUGCUCGUGACCGACUUCAACGGGUCUUCGGAACAGCACAACACUGGCAAACCUAGCGCUCAUGCUGAAAAUCCGCCAGUUGUCCCCCAAAGAAUAGUGAGAGGAGGUCUGGGGCGCAGGGCUGCCACGCAACUGAACAUUAAUGUGAAGAACAACACCAGCAGUUACAAGGCAGCGUUAUAUAAAUCUCAAGAACAUUUAGUCAAGCAGAAUCUGGAGGAAAGAUGUGGGGCAGAAUUGGCUGAAUCCACCAGGAACCUCUCGGUGCGGCAUGAAGUGCUCAAAAGAGGUUUCCUUUGGCAACAACGCGACAAAAUAUUCUCCCGGUGGAAGGAAAGGCUCUUUAUUCUGACACAAGAGACUCUCAAAUGCUUUAAACAGGACACAGCUGGCUCGCGACCUUCAACCAACGAUCUACUUUACACCGUUAAAUUGUCGGAUGUGGUUGAUGUGGAGCUGCUGGACAAGCGCGGUUACCUCACCAUUUGUGUUUCUCUGGAAAAGGAUGGGAAAGUAUUUUUGCGAAAAACCGAGGGCAUCAAAGAAUGGUAUAAGCAAUUGGCCGAACUUAGUCAACGUCAAAGGCCCAAAAAGGCAUCCACCCCUGCUUCGUCCAGUUCCUGGAUGAAACGCCAACUGACCGAUUCAAGUGGAAUGGAACAUUGGUUGCAAAAGAAGAAAGGAUUGCUCUCUGCAUUUUCGGGCUCCAGUCCGGACAUUUCCAAAGCAGGCGGUGCCCCUGUGAAGAGUGAGAUCACGUUGGAUCAACUCUGUGACCUUUACGACCAAGCCGACAGUGACAAAACGGAGCAUGACCAUCCAAAAGGUGCAUCGGUCAGAUCUCCAAUAAAACGUCGAACCAUAAAUCGUCUUUCUCUGAUGACCGAUUUGGAUCUGCCAGAUCUGACUCGCCAAUUCGACAAAGGAUUCUUUCCCAGGAGUAAGUUUGCCAUGGAGUUUCGUAGCAACGACUCUGGCAACCAUUCCAUCAGCACCAACGUAUCUGUUGGUUCCACGACAUCCUCAAUUUCCAAAUCUUCUUCGCAAGAGGACCGAGAUGAGAUUUCCGGAGCAGCAGACAAAGGCUCCAAUUAUGAAUUGCCUCUGGACGAAUCGCCUCGACGACGAAAAUCUUCUAUCAUUAACGGAUUGCAAGUGACGCACGUUUAAACAUCCAUCCUCGAAAUACAAUUUAUGUAAUUGGCCAUCAAACCAA